AUUAGGGUAGGGAAGACGCCCAAAGAUAACUGCAGAAUGUAGAGAUGUCUCUGGUUUUGAGUUCUGGCUUUCUUAAGAAAGUAUAUCUUUGCCUUACAGACAUGGACCCGUAUGAAGAAGAGCUGCGCUGCUUGCAAGACCCGGUGGAGGACGAGGAUUGUUACAUUCUUAACGUCCAGUCAAGCAGUGAUGGCGCCAGUGGGUCUUCUGUGGCCAGAGCAGCUCCGAAGAGACAGGCCACCUCUGUGGUAGUGAUUGACUCUGACUCUGAUAACGAAUGCUACCCCUCUGAGAAGAAAGCUAAGAUACUGAAAACAAACCAUGACGGUAAGGAUAUGGAACGUUAUAAUGUGAAGCCUACCAUCCAGGGACCCCUAAUAGUUAUUAGUGAUGACGAUGAUGACGAUGACGACAAGAAGAGUAAUGAUUUUGAAGUUCACAGCAAUAAGAGUAAUGAUUCAGAAGUUCCCAAAGACAAGAGUGAUGAUUCAGAAGUUCCCAAAGACAAGAGUGAUGAUUCAGAAGUUCCCAAAGACAAGAGUGAUGAUUCAGAAGUUCCCAAAGACAAGAGUGAUGAUUCAGAUGUUCCCAAAAGUGACAGUCAUGAUUCGGAUGUUCCCGAUGACAACGACAAUCAUGAUUCGGAUGUUCCCGAUGACGACGACAAUCAUGAUUCGGAUGUUCCCGAUGACGAUCAUGAUUCGGAUGUUCCUGACGAUGACGACGACAGUCCUGAUUCGGAUGUUCCCGAUGACGACGACAGUCCUGAUUCGGAUGUUCCCGAUGACGACGACAGUCAUGAUUCGGAUGUUCCCGAUGACGACGACAAUCAUGAUUCGGAUGUUCCCGAUGACGAUCAUGAUUCGGAUGUUCCUGACGAUGACGAUGGUCACGAUUCGGAUGUUCCCGAUGAAGACAGUAAUGAUUCGGAUGUUCCCAAUGACAGCAAUGAUUGGGAAGUUCCUGACAACAAUAGUGAUGAUUUGGAAGUUCCUGUGCCAGCAGAAGAAGAUUUGUGUGAUGAAAGCCAAAUUGCCUCAGAUGAAGAAGAGCUGGAUGAGGCUGGUGAGCAGGAUCUUGGUGAGAAUCUCUGCGGUCCACUGAGUGAUCCUGAGGCUAACCUGGAGGUUUCAAAGAGAAAGCUGCCAACUGAGGUGGAGCCUGCACCUGGGGUGGAACAGUCAGGGAAAAGGAAAGCAAAAAGCGAAACUAUCUUGGAGCCACUAAAGCAACAGAAGGCAAAAACUGAAAGUAUUGUGGAGCCACUGAGGAAGAGGAAGGCAAAAACCAAAAAUGUACCUAUGACACCUGCUGAUAAAGGACAUAAGAAGUGUGGGCAUUCAAAGAAGAAACCCGGUGCAGCAAAAGUUGAAAAUCGCAAGACUAGGACUUGUAAGUGCAAAGUCCAUGGAAGUUUCCUGCAUGGCCUUGGAAAGUCAAAGAAAUACUCUAGAAUCUACGACCUGUUUAACAGAACCGACUGUGAUAAAAAGCUGCAAGAGAAACGAUGGAUUGCCUGGAAUAACAAGGUGCUGAAAACUCCCGGCCCAUGCAGCACUGGUGAGAUGCCGUACCAAAACAGGCAGUGCUUUGCCGAGAUCCAGAUUGGCAUGAAAAUCUCAGCAAAGAUCCAGAUUGGCAUGCAGCUCUCUACAGAAUUGGCCGCUACACCAAAUCAUUGGAUACCAGGUGUUUCAUUUAUGUCAAGUUCAAGGCGUGUCUGGUCAUGGUGCCGUUAACUUGGAAAGAUGGGACCCACAUUGUGCCCCACGUGCGACCAUUUGCUGUGUAUAUACAGAAGUAUUAUAGAAAAAUUCUGCAGGAGAUGGGUGGGAUUAGCUACAGGGAUGUGAUGAAAACAUUUGGUAGGAAUUUCAAGGUGAUAAAGAAUUUUUUUUUUUUUUUUUUUUUAAAUGCGGGGUUUUAAUUAUUUGGUCAGGCUGGUCUUGAACUCCCAACCUCAGGUGAUCCGCCCACCUUGGCUUCCAAAGUGUUUGGAAUACAGGCGUGAGCCACCACGCCCUGCCAAUAAAGAAUUCUUAAGGUUAUCUGAGGGUAUAUUCAUGUGAGCUAUAUAUGUUUUUGUUUUUUGCAGUUGUCUGUCAUCCUACCUACAGACAAGUGAGCUACAUUUUUUACUGUUAAGAAGUUUUAGAAAACUUUGUUUUUGUGAAGUUAGGAAUAUUAUAGAAUUUAGGUACUGUUAAGUAAGUAAUAUUAGAAUUUAAGAUUCAUGUUAUUAAUGAUAAUUGACCUUAACCAGGGGCUCUAUUGCUAACCACUCUGUGCCCUUGACAGGGAAGAUCUGAAGCCUUUGGGAUCUACCUUGGGUCUUUUUUCAGCUCCAUAGUUUUCACAUGUAAGACAAAAUGCAAAAGAAAAGUGAGUUUUCAAGAGUGGCAGGUGGAGAGAAAGGAGAAUGCUGGAAUGAGGACAAGUUUUAGUGGUAACACUUAAAACACCAGAGCUACUGUGACAUCUACAUAGACAGAGGAAAGACACUUUGGCUCCAUAGUUUUCACAUGUAGGACAAAAUGCACAAGAAAAAUGAGGUUUUGAGAGUGGCAGGUUGAGAGAAAGAGGAGAAUGCUUGAAAGAGGACAAAUUACUUAGAGGCAGCACUUAAAACACCAGGGCUACUGUGACAUCUGUGUAGACAGGAAAGACAAACGUGUUUCAUAAAUGUUUCUGAUGACGUUGAUUGAAACUAUCUGAGCCAUGUAAUCAAAAAAUAAAAGUUGUAUGCAUCUCA